CUUUAGCGCAUUCUAUUCAAAAAAAUCAUAACGUAAUCGAAAAGAAAUUUAAUGUAAAAAUUUUUGACCGGGAACCAAACCCACAAGAUCGGUGGCAAGGUUAUCAUAUUACAUUAAAUUGCACGGGAGUAAGAUCUUUAAUUAAAUGUAUUCCGGAAUCAAUUGCCACAAGACUUCAUGAAGUUAUACCGGAUUCAAUUAGCGAUGGAAUUGAAAAUCAUGUUAUGACAAUUCAUGAUCAUAUAGGAAAUGUUUUACUUAAAUCUCCAGAAUAUCAAUUUCAGAAUGUUUAUGAAUUUAGUAAAUUAAACAAUAAAUUUGCAUUUAUUGUAAGUUAUAGGGAUAGAUUAAGAGAUUUAUUAUUAGAAGGUAUUGACGUGCAAUGGGGUAAGAAAUGUGUCGGAUAUCAUGAAAAUGAGGAAGGAGUUUGGGCUAUCUUUGAAGAUGGUACGAGAGUGCGAGGAGAUUUCUUGGUAGGCGCGGACGGAAUACAUUCUACAAUUCGAAAACAGAAAAUUCCUGAAUUGAAAAUAAAUAAUUUGGGAAUAACUCAAUGUUUAGUAGAUGUCGCUCCAAAUAAAGAACUAUUCGAUCGAAUGUUAUCAAUCACCGGAAAUGGUCUUAUACAAUCAUCGAUGGGUCCAAAAGGAGAUUGUAUAUUCUUGUUUUUUCGUUUAAUUCCCAUAUAUUCGUCUAAUGCGAUUGAUGAAUCAACGCGUUAUAGAGUAACAUUUUCUUAUUCGUACCCUUCUGAACAACAUGAAAAAGAUGAUAAUUGGACUUACAAGGAUGACGAACUUCCAACGAGCAAAUUCCCUGAUGAUGAAAAUCCUAAAGUGGUUUUUAAUGACAUCAAGAAAAGAAUUAAAGAAAAUAGACCUCAAGGUGGAGAAUUGACUGACGUAUUUCUAGAAAUCUGGGAACUGGUUAAAUUAAGGUUCGAAAAUGAUUAUGAAAAAUAUCCUUUUAAAACCCUUUAUCCUUUGAGAAGAAGACCAUUAAGAGAUAUCGAUCCUGAAACCGUUGAUCAAUGGAAAACUACGAGAGUUACUUUUUUAGGAGAUGCUGUUCACGCUAUGAAUCCUUGGGUUGGAAUAG